ACUAUGUGGUACUAUAACAUUUUCAAAGUAUUAUUUUUCUGUUGUGUCGAUAUGAAUUAAAAGAAAUAUAUAUUUUGCUAAAUACGGACCUGCCAGUUCUGACUAAUUGUAAAUUGUACCUUCAAAUUACUGUAACUAAGAUUUUUUCCUCAGAUGUUUCAGUACAUCAACAUACAUAUCAUCGCAAUCAUACAUAGUUCCUUAAUAAUUUUUUUAAGUUUUUUGAAAGUGAAAAGUGGUCUGUGUGUGUUAAAAAAUUAUUAAUGUUGAAAUAUUAAUAAUUGUUAGAAUGUCUACAGGAACCUACACUAAUAAAGCGUACAUUUCUGAUAAUGUGGAUAAUUCAGAAGAAGUUACUGCUACAAAAAAUACUUCACAAGAAAACACUGAAAACGAAGAAUCCAACGAAGAAAAUCGAGUCCAGUGGGACAACCCCAUCGAAUUUCUCCUGUCCUGCAUUGCCAUGAACGUGGGUCUUGGAAAUAUAUGGAGGUUUCCAUUUGUAGCGUACGAAAAUGGCGGUGGAGCAUUCCUUAUUCCUUAUAUUUUAGUACUGAUGUUCAUGGGCAGACCCAUGUACUAUUUGGAAGCUUGCAUGGGCCAGUUUGUAAACAGAGGAAACGUGAAAAUGUUUGAAAGUUUAGCUUUAGGUCUAAAAGGUAUUGGAUUUGGACAACUGAUUGGAACGAUAUGCGUUGCUACUUACUAUUGUUCUCUAAUGGCCAUAACAUUGUUCUAUUUCAUCAAUUCAUUUACUGCUGAUUUGCCUUGGGCCACUUGUAAUCCAUCUUGGGACAAUGUCAGUUGGAUAAAUGAAAACAACAUUACCUGCAUUCCUUCGAAAUCCAAUGAAUCUGCCGGAAGCCAGACUGGGAGUGAGAUAAGUUCUGCUGAAUUAUAUUUCAGAGUAGAAGUUCUAAAAGAAUACAUGGACAUAUCAGAUGGUAUAGGCCUACCAGAAUGGCGUCUAACUCUAUGCCUACUGGUAUCUUGGCUAAUCACGUUUGCAAUUUGCGCCAAAGGCAUACAGAGUUCUGGAAAGGCCUCGUAUUUUUUAGCAUUGUUUCCAUACGUCAUCCUUGUGUCACUCUUGGUGCGGGCAGUGACGUUAGAGGGAGCAGCUACAGGAAUACUGUAUUUUAUAAAUCCUAAAUGGGAAAUGCUGUUAAGUGCGAAGGUGUGGUACGCCGCUGUUACACAGUGUUUCUUCUCCUUAAAUAUUGGAUUUGGAUCUGUAUCCAUGUAUGCAUCAUACAAUAAUUUCCGUCACAAUGUCCAUCGAGAUGCCAUGGUUGUUACAACUCUAGACACUUUCACAUCUCUUCUGGCUGGAACCAUAAUAUUUGGAAUACUAGGCAACCUGGCCUUCAAAAUGCAAGUCGACGUUAGUGAAGUCAUCAAGUCAGGAGGAACUGGAUUAGCCUUCAUAUCAUAUCCAGAAGCCAUAGCAAGGUUUGAGGUAGUACCAUGGUUGUUUGCAAUUCUGUUCUUUUCAAUGCUUUUUAUACUGGGUGUUGGUAGUUUGAUAGCACUACAAGGAUGUGCGUUCACUGUCAUAAUGGAUGCUUUCCCUCAUCUGAAAAUAUGGCACGUGUCUCUUGGAACAGCUGUGCUAGGAUUUAUAGUUGGUCUAGUUUACAUAACACCGGGAGGGCAAUGGAUAUUUACCAUGGUCGACUUUUUUGGUGGAACUUUCAUAUUUUACGUACUGAACAUAUUAGAAGUUGUAGCACUCAUUUGGUGGUACGGUCUGGAAAAUAUAUGCCUGGAUAUCACUUUUAUGACCAAUAAAAAACCAGGUUUGUACUGGAGGAUAUGCUGGUGCGUUAUAGUACCUGUCGUGAUGAUUGGGGUUUUUGUAUAUUUUCUUGUAACGAUUGAGCCACUAACAUAUGAAGGCAGUCUAUAUCCAAAUGAUAUCAUAGUUUGGGGAUGGAUUUUACUGGCCUUUGGAGUUGUCCAACCAAUUUUAUGGUUUACUUACGAAUUCAUUAAACUAAGAUGGAAAAAUUACGUUCCAAUCAAGAAGGUAUUCAAAUCGAUGUUUGAACAUACAAAUUGGGGUCCAAAGAAUCCCACUGUGAACGAAAAAUGGAAAGACUUCAAAUCAAUCAAAAGCACAGAAAGGGACCUAAAAUUAAGAUCAAAACUGGUAGAAAAACUUUGUAUAUUAAUAGGAAAAUAACACAAAAAUACUUAUUAUAAGUACUGCCUUUUUUUAUACAACGAUAUGUAUGUAUAUAGUACCUGUGAUUUUAAAAUAGAAUAAGAACAAAAAUUAUAAAUACGUUUACAAUAAAUAUUUU